GUUUUAUAUAGUUGUUUAUUGUUCAUAAUUAGAAAUAUUUUCAUUAUCUUUAAAUUGAAAUUAAGCAAUUUUAAAGAAUAAAUCUUUUCGAUGCUAACUUCAUAACAAAAGUCGAAAAAAAUGUUAUAUUAUAAUGUUUUAAAAUCUAUUUAUAUUUUGAUUAGUUGCAAGCAUCUUAAUGGAGAUAUACUCUACUAUAUUGAGCCUUAUGGUCUUCCAAAUUGUUAUUUUGACAUUCCUAUUGGUUCGAUUAAGGUUUCUUAUAAUUGCAGUGAAGGACACAAGUUUUUGCUAGUGCCUGGAGUAAAUGGAAAUCCGAACGCAGUAUCUUUUAAAUCAGUAAUUUACAGUGAUAAAUACCUUCGACAUUAUAGUUUUAUAUUUUAUCUUCAAACUUUAUAUGAAUGGAAUUAUGUUCCCGAUGAUCGUUCAUUCUAUAUCCAAAAUAGCACAUAUGAUUCAUACUUUUUAAUACAGUCAACAAACUUUCCUAAUUGGUUUCUUUGGCGCAAUGGUUUUCAAUUUCAAUUAAUACAAGGCAUGGCGUUAGCUCCAGAGUCAAGAUUUACUCUUUUUGUUUGUGAUUUACACAUAAAAACAAUUCGUCGGAUAACCAGAUAUGCAGUUAAAGUGAUAAUUAAUGCGUCAAUACAAAUCCAAAAUGUAUCUAGAAGUUUUGUAGUUAAAUAUGGAAAAAAUAGAGAUUACAUGUUAUACAAUGUUUCUGGAAACUCAGUUAAUGUUGACUUGUUGCAUAACUACACCAUUCAUACGUUUACCGCUGGUUUGAAAAAUGAGUUUGGUAUAUAUGUGUUUGGAAACUCAUCUGACUAUCAAAUUGAUGAAAGUAGCACUUAUAUCGAUGGCUGCAUUCAUGGGUUUGUCAACAGAAAUAUGCUCAACUUAUCUUUUGAGUUAAUUGGGUAUGGUUAUAAUAUCACAUUAGAAUAUUUCCUUCCACCUUUUGUUACCUUGAUGUAUGAAAGUGUUCCAAAUGGAUUUUUUAAAACUAAAAAUAGCCAGUAUAAAUAUAUUUUUUAUGGAUACUUUGAAACAAUAGAUGUAGUUACAUUUAACAUUACACUGGAACUGCAUAAAACAAUAUGCGGUUUACCAAUUGAAAUUCCUGCAAAACUAUCUUUUCAAAAUAACAUGGGUACGUUAAAAAUGAAAACAAUGUCAAACAAAAACAAUAUCCUUUGUUUUGAUAAUAUACCACCAAAUAUUCGAAGAGAUCAAAAAGCACUUCCAGAAUACUAUGGUAGAGGAAUAUAUGUAGAUACUGAAAAUUCAACUGUUUAUGUAUGCAUGAAUCAACAUGUUGAGAGCAAGAAAACUGCAUGUUAUUAUUCAAACAAGGCAGGUUAUUUGUGGACAGGUAUGGACAUUCGUGUAGGAGCUGUUAUUGGACAUCAUGUACUAACUAAAGAGCUUUAUGCAGUCAAUCGUAAUCAGAAAAAUUACUUAUAUUUUAAUCUUUUUUACAAAAGGUGGUUAGCAAUUUCCAUUCCCCAGUUCAAUGAAAUAGGUUUGAACAACUUUAAUACACAUAUGACCAUGAACUUAGAAGGAGCUGAAAAUAAAAUACUUUAUAAUGGAUUAAAUCAGUGGAUGGGAAACGAUGAAGGAUUGUUUUUUCGUAACGAAUCAUCAGGCUCUUGGUUGUUAAAAACUAAAUGGCAUUCAUGAACAUAAUAGUACAAGUCUACAUAUAUCUAAGCUCUGACUUAAAGCCAAUGUUUAUAUUGUUUAAUGGCAUGCUCUGGUUGUGACAACUAGUUCAAAUUUAUGCUGUUUUUAAUGACAUAUGAAAUGACACUCAUGUCAAUAAUAUUGAAUUAAUCUACUAUAUAAUUAUUAAAUAA